CCUCGGGUGGUCCCUUCUGCUGCCCACACGCCCACCCAGCUGGAGAUUGCCAUGGACACCAUGAUUAGAAUCUUCCACCGCUACUCCUGCAAGGAGGGGGACAGGUUCAAGGUCAACACGGGGGAGCUGAAAAUGCUCCUGCAGCGAGACCUCACAGAAUUCCUCUCGUGUCAAAAGGAGUUGGUUGAUAAGAUAAUGCAGGACCUGGAUGCCAAUAAGGACACUGAAGUGGAUUUUAAUGAAUUCGUGGUCACGGUGGCAGCUCUGACGGUUGCUUGUAAUGAUUACUUUGUAGAACAAUUGAAGAAGAAAGGAAAGACAAGUCGUAAGCUAAUCUAAA